GUGAAAUCAAAAAAGAUGUUUUCUUACGUAACUCGACGAGCUCUUUAAAAAUAAACUCAUUGUAAGUGAAACGGGGCAGGACACUGUAAUGAUAGGAUGUUUCAGAUGGACUUAUAUCCAUAUGACGCUUUUCACUGCAAUAUAUCAUAUAUACUUCACAGUGUUCCCUUUUCAUUCCAACAAAAGGAUAUAUUUGAUAAAGAAAGGUAUAUAAAAAUUUUGCCGGUACUGUAGGUUUGGGCUAAUAUAUCUUAACCAUGUGAGGUAAAGUAAUGAAGCAUUUUUGGAGGCUGAAAGUAUUUUUCAUUGGAUGAAGAUUCUGACGAAUUAGCGGUAAUCAAAUGAAAUCUAUUUUCAGUAAAACAUUGUUUCCCUUCCACAAAAGCUUGCUGUAUAUUUAUAUCGCCUAUUGUACAAGAAUUUUCUACGAGCAUCUUUUCAAAUUUGAAAGAUUCAUUUUAUGUUUCCCUAAAAGCUAUAAGUAAAUUUCUUUAGAAGAAAUUAGUCACGAAUUUUGCAGGGCAGUUUAAACGGCAGUUUUAGAAGUAAAAUAGUUCUGGGAUCGUUUUGUCCAAUAUUCUUAAGGAACUCUUAAACUUAAGUGGGCAUGUGAUCUCCACUCAAUCUUAAUUAAGGUUUGACCUAGUUCUUCAUUUUUCGUUGUAGGUUUAAGUGUCAAAUUCAAUCUUUGUUUUGACGCAAGUGUAUCUUAACCAGAGGUGGACAAGUCCCAGUCCGUUGUGAAGCUAAAAUUUUUCAGCUCCAGCCCAGUUCCCGAAGCUUUGCAUGGCCGUGGCGAUAGAGGAGAGUAUUAAUUAGUGUUUAGUUAAUAUUAGUGUUUUUAAUGGAAAAUUUUUCCAGAAUGGGGCUUCCCAUUUUGCUUUCAAUUUCGGAGUGGGUUUUCCUAGUUUGUUCUGGAACAUACAGUAGGUAAAACCGAUACAAAAUUUUUUCAGGAAGUCUUUUCUAUUGUCUCACAGUCUUAGUUUUUACACUUUUACUUACAUGAAUACAAUCACCUUCCUUCACCCUCUUUCAGAUAAAGUACAGUACAGAAGGCUGAAAAUGAAUUUAUUACGUUCGUUUGCUCAUGAUCUUCUCCCAAAAAAUUUUGGAGUAUUAAAACCAUUUUUACCUUACUUCCAUAAUCUUUUAAUUUUCUCCCAAAAAUUUACACCUGCUCGGAUUUUUCUCUCGUCACGGCUCUGAACUUUAAGCCCGGUGUCAGUCUACGCAUACGUUGUUUUUUCCAUUUCGCCGCCUUUGACCUUACACAAAGAAAACUUCGUGUAAGAUCAAAGGCAGCGACGAUCAAUUGUGCUUUCCGGGAUCAAACAUAUAUUCAUCAAAGAAAAACAGCCGUCGUUUGAUCACAGCUGAUCUUAAGCGACCGCGCUGUAGCAUCAAAAAGGUAGAAGAGUGAACAGAUAUGGACUGAAUAGUCCAGUCACAACUGUGAAAGAAAUCACUCCAAGUCCCCUAAGACUUCAGUCACAGUCUGUGUGAAAAAGCUUACCAGGCGCGACUUGGCCCUGCCUAUCUCUGAUCAUAACUCCAUCUUACCUAAAACAAUUCUAGAGUUAUUGUCCUGAGUCAAUGCUGUAAUAUAACACGCUAUACAAAGCUUAACGUUGAAUCAAAUCUGUUCGUCAGUUUAUGAAUGUAAGAGUAUUGAUCGAACGUUGACCUAUCAUUGUCUCCUAAUAGGUUCUCUUAUGAGAAAUGUUUUUCCGCAUUUUUAGAUGUUUUUUCUCACAUUAUUAGUGUUAAUUGCUGUUAUACCGAACGUUUCAAGUUUGGAGUGCUAUGUUUGCGAGCAGCAGGAAGGAAACGACGACAAAUGCGUGAAAACAGUUCGAAUGUGUCAGAAGAAUGAAGAUACAUGUGCAUCACUAAUAUUAUGGACAACUCCGCAUGAGUGGACACCACGAGGCGAGCGACGUCACUAUAUUUCAAAAGGAUGUGAUACAAAAGACAAGUGUACACAACUAUUAUAUGGUCUUGCUACAGUCUGUUCACGAAACUGGUAUGAAGACUGGGCUUGUGUCGAAUGUUGUCAAGGAGAUCGCUGUAAUAGAUAUGUUGUUGUGAGUAGAAAUAGUACAUGA